AUGCCGACGAACAAUGCCACGGCGUUCGAAGUUUCAUCACAAAAUGCAUCAGACCCUGUCCAGCAUGGUUUGUAUGGAGCACCGUACCAGUUCGGAGCAAAUUACCCCUUUCCCCAGCAAGUCCCUACAACUCAGUUUGUGCCCGGACAGAUCACUGCCGACGAGGAUCCCUCCCCACAACCGAUGAAUCAACCAUUUGCAAACGAUCAAUAUUUCUCCUCCUCUUCCUCUGUUGCCGUCCCUGCUCCAACGUACACCCCCGCGAUUUUCGAGCCUGGCCCGCUUCCCUUCGCCGUGCCAGAUGGAAAUAAUGUACCCAACAGUUCAUCGCAAUUCCAUUUCGACCAUGUUUCAGAACCACCGCACAGCUCAGCGCUCACGACAUUUUCGAUAUCAGCGAACGACAAUGCUUCUAGCUACACCAAAACCAGUUACGUUGGCGCUUCGGAGAUCGCCCGACCUGUCGACUGUCGCUCGAGUCCUUCUUCAGAUUGGCUCUCUUCGUGUACGGAAGAAUCUUUCGAGCGUCAGUCUACGCCGAGCUCUCUCAUGCAAGGCUCUCAGAGUUCUGCGAGCAUCAGUUCUUGUUCUGGCAGCGGCUCCUCCCUCAACGCGCCACCUUCAGCCUCUCCCCUCUCCGUUUCGCCAUUUCAUGCUUGUCAAGAAUUGAACCAGGUCGGCCUCAGCUCAAUCUUCACGCCUGUGGCCAACGAAAAUGAGGAUGGAUUUCAAGGGCUUGACCAGCAGUGUGUUGAAAACUAUGGCCACUCGGAUCAGUUCUUCACCGGGACAAAUCCUGCUCUACGUUUCUCCACCUCUCUCGAGAGUGGGGCACCCAACACUUUCGAGGCUUGUCUGAUCAAACACUCUGCAGUCUCAAACGGGCAUUUCUCGAAUGCUGCUCAGAUGGUGGAAUAUGGUGACGUCACCUAUCAUCAAACUGUCGGCUAUCCUGUUGGUGUCAGGGGACUUGAAAACUCUUGGAAUAAUUUGAAUGUAUUGCACGAAUCUGCAAUGCAGCCUCAUUCUAACUUCGAUUUGCUGCUUGGACCACCUCCAACGUUGACAAGCUCCAAGGCGAGGACGAGGCCGUCAAGGCUGACCAACGGAGCAUGCAGUGAGUGUAGGAGGAAGAAGCAGAGAUGCAACGGCUUGCUGCCCUGUGGGAACUGUUUGCUGCGGGGAGUUGGAUCGAAGUGCGACGCGAAGGUUAACGGAAACGUGAGCUUCCUCACCCCGGAGAGUAUCGAGUGCCCGCUGUCACUUGAUUGCUCGAUGACGUUUGAGGACGCCAAGAGUCCGGACUUUCAAGCACUUUUGCAAGCUUCGACGGUCAUCGGCAUCAACCCGAUGAUGAUGAAACGGUCUUGGGAGUUCGGAUGCCACUCGAGCACUCUGCUCAAACUGUUCAAGAACCUGCCCAACGAUCUCCUCAAGGUUCUCAACGAUGGGAUCUCAGAUCUGAGCUUUCUCGUUCGCUUGCAGUCCACCCGAGCCAACAACAAGCUCCUCACUCAAUCCUCGGCGAAGCCCGGUGACUUGGAGGAGUCCUCCCAAGACAUCUACAACAGCUUCCAAUCAAGAUUCGGGCACGACCGAUGGAUCGCCUUCGAGACUAACAAGAGCACAGGGGACAGAGCUGGAUGUCGGUUCGGGCCAACGCUCAGUCACCUCUUUGGGCUCCACCAUGAAGAGUUCAAAUGCCGUUUCCUGCGCAACGAGGUCGACCUCCCUUGGUCUGAGCUGGACUACCUGACUAUCCUCCUGGACAUCUGCUCGUCCUGCACCUCCAAGAACACCGUGCGGUACUGGCCCAUCAUCGGGAGAGUGGGCGGGAAAGUGGACGGAAUGAUAGUCAAAGUCACCACGAUCCGAGAUUUCGACGAGUGGGGAAGGCUGGAGCGAGUCAUCUUUGUCUACGACUUUGCGCAAGAGGACGAGUUCAACGAGGACAUGCGAUCUCGGCCUUCGCUCUGGCCCUGUCACAAGGGUGGUUCAAAGUCAGACUUCCAGAGCAUGCUCAAGUCCCAUCGGAAGGAUGUGCAUGUCAUGGGUAAGAUAUCGCAGCUCAGACGUUCUCUCGAGGGAUCCAGGAGGCUCGACUUUGCCAAAGAGAAGGCGCUGACUGUCCUGACUCCGAUCAUGAGAGCCUGUCAAGUCGCUAGGCAGAGCGUGCCAGGAAUAGAGUGGAGCGAGAGUUCCAACCAAUAG